AUGGGAGAGCUUCACAUCUGCUCCUUUCUGGUGACUGUGGCCAACCAGGGAAUCAGCCUGGGACUUGUCCAGCAGUUCCUGGGGAUGCCAAACCCACCCAAGUGGGUCUUUGCAGCUUGUCGGGACCCCAAGGGACAGCGAGCGCAGAAUUUGGCCUUCAGCCACUCCAACCUGGUCAUCAUUUCACUCGAAGUCAGCAACCCUGCCACCAUCAAGGUGGCUGCAGCCAGAAUUGAGGAUCACCUGGGGUGCUCGGGGCUGAACGUCCUCAUCAACAAUGUUGGAAUUGCAAAGCCAAACUCACUUGAUAAUGAGAUGCUGGAGAACAUGACCCAGAUUUACACCACCAACAUGGUUGGGCCCCUGCUGCUGAGGCAGGCGUUCCUGCCCUUGCUGAAGAAGGCUGCCCAGGGGAGCCCAGGCUCAGUGCUGAGCUGCAGCAAGGCAGCCAUCAUUAACAUGUCCAGCUCUGCAGGCUUCACUGAGGAAGUCUAUUUAUGGGAUUAUGGACAAGUUUUCUCUUCCCGCUGCAGCAAGGCUGCUCUGAACAUGCUGACCAAGUGCCAGUCCCUGGGAUACCAGGAACACAGUGUCCUCUGCGUUGCUCUCCACCCUGGCUGGGUGCAAACGGACAUGGGGGCUCAGGAUCACAAGAGGGUGACAGUGGACACCAGCAUGAGAGGGAUGCUGAAGGUGCUCUCCUCCCUCUCUGAGAAGGAGACCAGGACCUUCCUGGACUGAGAAGGGAAGGUUGUGCCCUGGUGA